AUGGAAAUUAAACAAAAAGGGUCGCGUGCCUGCAGAGCUGACCAAGGAAACGUGGCGAAUCCUGAACAACAUUUUUUACCAGACUCUGCUUCGAAAUUCUCUAGAAUCGAUAAAUCGUCUCAAUUAAUUACUACUAAUCAAAAGUCUCCAGAUACAAGGCAGAAAGUGCCUAACACGUCAAAAUAUCAACUAAAUAUUCGAAAAAAUCAACAAUGUUCUUCUGUUGAUAAUCCUACAUCUUCGCCACUCCCCACUGUUAACGGCGGACUAUUAGAGAUAACCUUUGAUCAUAGUAAAGGUCAACAACUUUUAUGGGCACCAGAAGGAUAUCAAGGGAACUCAAGGAAACGCCGACUAAACGGUGGUUCAUUAACCUCGUCAAAAUCCUAUGUUCCAAGACCACCAAAUGCAUUCAUUAUUUAUCAUAAAAAAAAAUCCAAAGAACUUGCCAAAAUCAAGUCUAGAGCACGAAGUGCAUCCGAUGAACGUCACCCGUCAAAAACUGUAGCGGAGAUGUGGAAAGAAGAAUCUGAGGAAGUUAAAUUACGAUACCAAAGACAAGCUGACUUGGCUCUCGUAGAACAUAAAAAGAAAUAUCCAUAUUAUAAAUAUAGACCAAAGAAAAGAGAUA